AUGUUGUCAUGGUUACGUGGAAUAGGAACAGUCAUGGGAUGUGGUGUUUCAAAGUCCAGCCAGUUCCAUAAAAACUCCAGGAAAGCCGUCACAACCAUAAAAGCUGCUGUUCUGAUUCAGCGAUGGUACAGACAAUAUGUGGCCCGCACAGAGAUGAGACGGAGGUACACCUGGCAUAUCUUUCAGUCCAUCGAAUACUCUGGAGAGCAGGCUCAGAUCAAGCUUUAUAACUUCCUUGGCUACCUCAUGGAUAACUUCACACCAGCCAGCAGUGAACGAAACUUGAUCUCACACAUCUUCAGAGAACAUGAAGUGUGUUUGGAUGCAGAAUGGGAGAGGUACUUCUGCUACAAAAACAUUGAGGUGCCGGAGGUUUACUCGGGACCUCACCUGACCUUUCCUCUGACGGUGGAGCAGGCGGUCGGCCUAUUGGAGGCCUUCAGGAACAAGAAACAGCUGCACUCGCGUUACGCUCUCCAGCUGCUCCUGGAGACAUGGAAGCUGCUCCGCAUGUUGCCAAACAUCAACCGCAUCUCCACCUGCCAAAGCAAAGAGAUCACCAUCUGUGGAGAUUUGCACGGACAGCUGGAAGACCUGCUGCUGAUAUUUUACAAGAACGGCGUCCCGUCUCUGGAGAAGCCCUACGUGUUCAAUGGAGACUUUGUGGACCGAGGCAAAGACUCCAUCGAGAUCCUCCUCAUCCUGUUUUCCUUCCUGCUCGUUUACCCGUGUGACGUCUACCUGAACAGAGGAAACCACGAGGACCAUUUAAUCAACCUGAGGUAUGGCUUCACUAAGGAAGUGCUGACGAAGUACAAGAUUCAUGGCAAACGGAUCCUGAAGCUGCUGCAGAAGAUUUUCAGCUGGUUGCCAUUAGCAACGGUAAUUGAUCAGAAGGUGUUGGUCCUGCAUGGAGGCAUCUCAGACACCACAGACCUGGGAGUCCUGGCCAGACUGGACAGACAUAAUUAUGUCUCAGCAAUGAGACCUCCAAAGAAGAGGAACAGCAGCUCCUCGGGGGUGUCCAUCGACGCAGAUUUGGAAGAAGAUAUUUGGAACACCAGUAAGAUCUUCCAGCGCCGAGCCUCUGUCUCGUACCCCAAACCCCUGGGCCCACGGGACUGCUUCCAAAACCGCUCCCUGCAGGAUUUUUCCGGCCGCAUUAAAGUAAAGAUGGAGGACGAGCUGGAGAGCAGCAGGAGGAGAGAAUCUGUGUAUCAGUUAGCAAUCAACAGAUCAGAAAAAGAUGUCUUGGGUGUGUCCAAUGACUCGGUCACCAGCUACGACAACCCCAAAGAGGAGUGGAGGCAGAUUCUGGACCUGCUGUGGAGCGACCCGAUGAGUCAGGACGGCUGCAUACCCAACGAGGUGAGGGGUGGAGGCUGUUACUGGGGCCCCGACAUCACCGAGGACUUCCUGAACAAACACAACAUGCAGCUCAUCAUCCGUUCCCACGAGUGCAAACAGGAGGGUUACGAGUUCUGCCACAACCGCAAGGUUCUCACUCUGUUCUCAGCCUCCAAUUAUUAUGAUGUGGGAAGCAACCGGGGGGCCUACGUGAAGUUGGGUCCAGACCUUGUGCCUUAUGUGAUUCAGUACCAGGCCAGCAGCUUGACCCGGGAGCUCACAGCCAGGCAAAGCGUUGGACGAACCGAGCGCUCGGCCUUGAAAGUCCUGCGGGAGCAGCUGUUUGCACACAAGUCCGACCUCAUCUGUGCCUUUAAGAAGUUCGACAAAGAGGCCACAGGUUUGGUGUCACUAAAUGACUGGGCCUCAGCGGUGGAGAGCGUCAUGCACCUGGAUCUGCCCUGGAGGAUGCUCUGCUCUCAGCUGGUCUCCUGCAAGAGCAGCGACGGCACCAUCGACUACAACGACUGGUUCAACGAGCUCGCCUUUAAAGGGCCCAAUGCAGCAGAUCACAUCGACCAGAGUCUGUUGGAAACCUUGUACCGGCAUCGCUCCACUCUGGAGACCAUCUUCAGGAUUAUAGACACGGACAACUCAGGCUUCAUCACGGUGGAGGACUUCAGGCAGACGUGGAAGCUCCUGAGCGUCUACCUAAAGAUGGAGAUCACGGACGAGGACAUCUCCCACCUGGCCGUCACCAUCGACAGCAACAACGAUGGGAGCAUCGACAUUGAUGAGUUCAUGGAGGCGUUCCGACUAACAGACAAGAAGAGCCGACUGGAGCGAGGACGGAGCAUGUUCAUGGGCACCGUGACGGACCUCACGAAGCUGGAGGGUGACCCCAGCAUCUGAGAAGCAGACGUUGUUGGCAGGCAGCCGGGGGGCUGGAGGUGGAGCUGCGGCCAACACAAGCUGCUCUGAUGACGCACACGAAGACGCAGAAAGCUGCUGGGCAACAGCUGCGUAGAUCAGAGGGGAUUAUGUAGAGGUCAGAGGUCAUGGGGUUUGACCGCAACGACUGACCUCACAACGUGAGGCUCACAGAGGAAGAAUGAAUAAGAGAAUUAAAAAACUAAAUCCAUCAUAUUUGGAUUAUAAAAUUAAGUUUUAGGUAGAAUAAUAAUAUUGAAAUUUCAGAUGAAUUUUACAGAUAACAUCAUGCUUUUAAUAAGAAAAUAUGUUUAGCAUGUUGACUCAAAGUAUCAUCAAACCAGGAUAGGAGCGCAUUUAUUCAACAAAUUCAAUCAUCAAAAUCGCAGAUAAACAAAUAAAAGCUAAACUAAUUUCUCAUUUUCACUUUUCCAAAUGUUAAAGUAAAUUUUAAGGCCUUAAAUCACUUUUCCUCUGUUUAAAAGAUAUAAAACUCAUUAGGAAACAGACUUUUGCCUUUUGCUCAGAUGUUCAAGCUUCUUUCUGAACAACUGAGUUGUUUGAUUUGGACUCGUUUUCCAAGACUGCAUUGCUCGUUUCUGAUGCAGCAAAAACAACAACAACAACAACAACGCUGCAGUAACACCAUUACUCAGACAAGCAGAGAAGAAGGGAAUGAAGAAGACUGCGUCAGACCCAUGCAAACACCAUGAUUAGAUUAUAUUCCAACAAGUGAUCUUAUAAUAAAUGCGUCAACAUUUGGAUCUGUGUUGUCUGAAUAAGACUCGUGUUUAAACCAACCCGCACUUCAUUUAUCGCUUUCUCACUAACCCGAUCAGAGCGUGGCGUCUGCUGCUGUGUUCUACAAACGUCACCUAUUUACUCACUCACUCACUCACUCACUCACUCACUCACUCACUCAACAGCAUUUUGCUAAAUUCUUUUGUUGCCCAACAUUUAUGUAAAAUCUUUCAAGGAGGCGGAGUAUUUAGUAAUUUUCUAACGGGGUCUUGAUCAGACUUACAG